AUGCAAACGUCGAUAAGUUUCCCCACAACGAGCCGAGCUCGUCCAGAAACUGCUACGGGUUCGACCUUGCAAUCGAAUUGGCGCGUGGAUGCCGCCAACAACAAUGUACGGACCGUGAGCAUUGCAAGCCACAGCCGCGAGGUUGCACUCGAGGUUCACGACCUUGUCUACGGACCGCAUGGUCAUACUCCUGCCUCUGUAAGCCAAAAUAUUGGGGGUACGAGUGCUCCUGCUGCUCCCAACUUGAGUGGUGCGAUGAGCGAAGACGCCAUCAUCAUGGCAAACUUGGAACGUCUAUACGAGCCUAACGCAGUGUAUGAAAACCCGCUACUCACUGCAACAACCCGUGAGAUGAUUUUGGACAUUCAUCAUCUCUCUCGACAGAUUGCCGAUGUACACGUUUCACGACCUCGUCCCCUUCGGAUGCUCGCUUGGCUCUUUGGGUGGAGGCAGGCGAAGACGCGUGGGGCCGAAGUCCAAGUCGAAGCAGAGGAGCCUCCCUGGUUCGAUGCUCUGAAGUGUUGGAGUGAACUUGGUGACAUUGUUGCCGAAAGUGAGGGUUGGGAUGGUACACGUCGAAGUGUUAUCGAACAUACGCUCCAUAUCCUGUUCCUUCCGAAUCUGCACAGUUUUGUCCCCGGAAACUCUACAGAGGCUCAAAGGGCGUCGUUAUCUCCCUCGACGUCUUCUCUCUCUUUCCAUGGGUCAGCCUCUACCCCACCACAUCACGUAUCUAGUCCUGCGUUGCAUCUUGGAGGCAUCUUUACGCUCCCAAGCUCGCCUCUUCACCUUCAAUUGCGCAUCAUCACCAAACUGACGUUUAACGAACAAGGGAGGGUGUCGUACCAUCGCGACUUUUGGGAUGCGCGGGAUCUUAUUCGAAUGCUACCUGGGGGCCGACCAGCGAUGUGGGUAUGGACGCGUUUGGUUGCAAGAGGUCUUUCGACGGUCAGCUGGCUUUUCACCCCACGUUCAUCCUCGACGAAUGUAGAUUAUGCUACGAAUCGCUCAGGAGAGGAAGAAAUCAAUCCUGCGUAUAUGUCCCGGCGAAGGAGUAGCGUCGGUGCUGCUUCGAUCCAUGAUGCCUACCCGAGUGGCCCACCAAUACGUAGGACACCUUCUGCCCUGACACACGAAGAUGCACUUGGUGCUCUUGGACUUGUCAACAUUAACAGGCGCAAGCGAAGUAUAUCUGGCUUGACUAUGGGGGGUGAUAGACGGGCACGCGCACCUGAUAUAGAUCCAGACGCAAUGCAAAGCAACUGGUGA